ACUAGUUACCCACGUUGUCCAAAUUAGGGUUUCGAGCGCUUCAUAUAUAAACAAAACCCUACUUCCUCCAUCUUCUGAUUCCUCACAUCACCGAUACACAGAGAGAGCGAGAGAGAGUGAGGGUUCGUCGGCGAAAAUGGUUACCUUCAGGUUCCAUCAGUACCAGGUUGUCGGGAGGGCUCUCCCCACUGAUUCCGACCAGCACCCCAAGAUUUACCGCAUGAAGCUCUGGGCCACCAAUGAGGUUCGCGCCAAGUCCAAGUUCUGGUAUUUCCUGAGGAAAUUGAAGAAGGUUAAGAAGAGCAAUGGUCAAGUCCUUGCUAUCAAUGAGAUUUUUGAGAAGAACCCAACCAAGAUUAAGAACUUUGGGAUAUGGUUGAGGUAUCAGAGUAGGACUGGCUACCACAACAUGUACAAGGAGUACCGUGAUACCACUCUAAAUGGUGCAGUUGAUGCAAUGUACACUGAGAUGGCUUCUCGCCACAGGGUCCGAUCCCCUUGCAUUCAGAUUAUUAAGACUGCAACUGUUCCUGCUAAACUGUGCAAAAGGGAAAGCACCAAACAAUUCCACAAUUCAAAGAUCAAGUUCCCAUUGGUUUACAGGAAGGUCAGACCACCAUCAAGGAAGUUGAAGACCACCUACAAGGCAAAGAAGCCCAACUUGUUCAUGUAAUGUGGUUGGUUGCUGAGUUACUACAAUGAUGUAAUGUGUCUCUAUCAGGCCUUUUGGGUAGAAACAUUCCCGUUGGUUCUUUAUUGCCAGAUUUUGUUUUGAGAAUUUUUAGACUACCGUUAUUGGGUUACAGUGUUUGUUUCUGUUGGAUAUUUAUGUUAAUCUUUUUGAUAAUUGAGUAGAAUGGGGGACAAAUUUAUAAUGACUGUCAA